AUUUUUAUAUACAUACAGCCACUCCCCAAUGUUUCAUUUACAUACAUGUGGUCUCUUUGCGUUUUGUAUUCGAUCGGCUUGCAUUUGCAUGUGAAGAAAGGAGCGCCACAAGGGAAGGUGCGCGCCCUCGCUGAUCCUUGCAAAAGCAGAGUGCAGCGAGAGAGCUUAGUUAGCUAAGGAACCUCUCUCUCUCUCUCACACACACACACCUUAUUAGAUGAUGAUCUUGCAAAGCUCGAAGCUACCACUCGAUCGAGAAGAACCCCCACUGGGAGAACCAAAGAACAGGAGCCCGCGUCUUCUUGCUACCGCCGGCCAUGUGGUGGCGAGCAGCCGCCUCUCGCCUCCGGAUGCUUCCCCGACCGCUGUCUCCGGCAUCCGCCACGAGGAGGAGGAACAACCACCUCCACCUUUUCUCGCUGCAGCGGCUUCCGGUGGCGGAGGAGGAGGCGGAGUUCACGACGGCAGAGGCGCGUCGAGUGGCGCGGCUCGUCGGAGUGGAGGUGCUCAAGAGGCGGCUGAGGGGAGGCGGGCAAGAGGUGGUGGGCUACGGCGAGCUCCUCGACGCGUGCCUGGAGGCCGGCGCGGCACGGACGCACGCGCAGGCGGAGGUGCUCGCCCGGGCCAUGGACAAGUCCGGCGUCCUGCUGCUCUUCCGGGGCAAGGCCUACCUCCAGCCCCACAAGGUCGUGGACCUGGUAACAAGUGCUGUGCCGCAUGUACACGAAGCAGCGAACGACAUCAAAAGGCAAGAAUUCAGGCAGCUCAAGAAACAGAAGGAAGAUAUCGACAGCAAGGCGCAGAAGCAGGUGAGGGCGAUCCUGUGGUCAGGCUACGGGCUGCUGAUGACCCAGGUCGAGAUGUGCUUCCGGUUCACCUUCUGGGACUUUGAUUGGACUGUGAUGGGGCCAAUCACCUUCUUCGCCGCCAGCUCUUUCCUCCUCGCCGACUACGCCUAUUUCCUUGUUACCUCCAGCGACCUGGAGAUGGAGAGGCAAUUGAGGUGUCCUCUUGGAGGUGACCAUUCUCGAGCUGCUACCAAGGCCAUCUUUGAAGAAAUCGAGCGGCAGCUCAGGGACGGGCAGGAUGAUCAGGUGGUCGGCUAUGACGACAAGCUCCUCGGCGCAUUGCUGGAGAGUGGCCUCGUGCGCACGGAGGCGGAGGCGCUCAUCCGGGGGAUGGAGGAGAACAGGUUGGCUCUGCUUGUCCGGGGCAAGGCCUACCUCAACCACAAGAAGGUGACAUUGCUAAACUAAUCACCGAGAUUCAAUGGUUGUUGCACAUUAAUAUAACAAGUAUCCAGAGAUCAAUGACCAGUCAAUGUUCAAUUUAACUAUGAAAAUCCAUGGUUUAGUACUGCGCUAAAUAAUACUGAGUUCAGCAUGUUAGUAGACAAUAGAAUAGUGAACGGAAUACUAACCCAUGU